AUGAUUUAUGAAUUGCCAACUGAGUUCCAGUUCAGGAGAAAGGGGGCCUUAAAUAACGGCCCGAGGAAUUCUCAGGUACUCCUGCAAAAAAAAUGGGGAAAAUGCACACUGGACCUCAUGAUGAUUUCACAAAAGGUUUUCAUUACAUCUAGCCACGUGUACUUCCUAUUUCCAUUAUCCCCUUGGGUUCUGCUCUGGUGCACGUUAGCGCAGACAGCGCGUCCACAAGCAGGUUUUACAUGGAUCCUUUUUGGGGUCCGUCUGACAAAGAGUGGCCCGGUUAGCUCAAUUGGCAGAGCGUGGGACUUUUAA